AUUGUUUGACGAUAGCCUCGUCCUCUCCCGCCAUACAAAUCAUGGGGACCGCAGUCACUAUGGCUGACAAGGUGUCCGCGACGGAUGCGCAGAAUAAGCUGGAAGACCUCUCUGGCAUCGCGCUCAAGCCCGGGGAAAACCCGUAUGCGGCGUUCAUCGACGCCUGCCACGACAGCCAUGAAGAGAUCCAGCAGCUAUAUGCAGUCCAUCGCACUAAGCGCAACGCUCAGCAAAAGGACAAGUUUCUGUCCCCCGACUUCACUGGUCUCAUUAUUGACCAGCACCUGCUGAGGUUGGAGAGGCCGCAUGUCGAGCCCGGCUUCCGAGAUGAGAGGAAUUGUCUCGUCCUGUGGGCACGGCCGCCGAUUCAUGUAAUUCAGUUGGCCGAGAAGCUACAGGGCAUGCUCAAGGCGGCCGCUCCAGGCGUAUGGUUGAUGCCGACGUAUCGUAUGCACCUCACUACGCUUGAGAUAACCUUCUCCAAGACGCCUGAGGAGAUUGCAUCGCUCGUGUCUGUCCUGCGGCCGGCGCUUCCAUCCAUCACGUCUUACACGCACGCCCACCGCGCGCGCCUGGUCAAGCCCAUGAUCUCCUAUGAUCUCUCCGCCUUCGCCCUCUCUUUCCUGCCGGCGUCGGGUGAGCCGGCCGUCUCGCCUGCCGCGACGCAGCCUGACCCGCAAGAUGGCGUCGCCUCGGGCGACGACUACACCUAUCACCAUCUGCGACGAGACAUCUUCGACAAGGUGUGCGAAGCGGGGCUCGAGGUUGGGUCGCGGUACCAGGUCCCAAGCGCGCACAUCACGCUGGGGCGGUACCUGGACGGGGAUGAUCAUGACACGCCGGAAAAGAGGGCCAGCUGGAUCAAGGCCAUCGAUGAGAUAAAUGACUGGCUCAAGAAGGAGACUUGGGACAAGCCGAAUGCCGACUUCAUCGGGGAAUGGGUGGUCGGACAGGAGAAGGGGCUGGACGCCCGCAACGGCACCCUGUGGUAUGGGGGUGGUAGAACCAUUAUGAUGGGCGAAGGAUUCUAGACGGGCUGAUAUAGUCCACUGGGCUUUGAAUAGACACAGUAUGCCCAUGCGUAACCGAGCC